AUGUCAGUGUCGAAGUCUUUUCGGCGCGGAUUCCGCACAACCAGCCACCACCUCGUCAAAAAGAACCCCUCCUCCUCGUCAGCUUCCACUCUCCCCCCACGGCCCAAACUGCCCGACUCCGAGAUCCACCACACCUACCUCAAAGGCUCCGGGCCGGGCGGGCAGAAGAUCAACAAGACGUCGUCGGCGGCGCAGCUGACGCAUCUCCCGACGGGGAUUGUGGUCAAGAGUCAGGCCACGCGGAGCCGGGCGCAGAACCACACGAUCGCGAAGCGGCUGCUGGCGGAGAAGGUCGAGUUGUUGCAAAAAGGCCCGGAGAGUCGGGCGAGCAAAGUGCAGGAACGGAAGAGUCGGAAGAAGAAAAGUGCCGAGAAGAAGCGGAGGAGGAAAUAUAGACGAUUGGAAAUGGAAGGUGGGGAAAGGGGGGAGAAGGAGAAGGAGAAGAUGGGGGAGCGAGGUGGGAAUGGUCGUAGUAUAGACGAUGGAGAACAAGAAGAUCAAGAUGACCAGGAUGAGGAAUAUCAAGAUGAAGUAGAUGACCAAGGUGACCAAGAUCAAGAUAAAGAAGAUGAUCAAGAAGAAGAGCACGAGCACGACAACGACAACGAGAACAAGAACAAGAAAGAGGUCGAAUAUAAAGACAAGUGA